AUGGCCGAUAACACCAGAAGCAAGUAUACUAGUGAAAAACUUGAUGAACUUUUACUAAAAUUUACCUCCUUUCAGAAUUCCAUGACCGAACGACUGGACGAGGUGGUAAAUCGUGUUUUAGCUCUGGAAAGCACUUCUCUUCCUGUCUCCCCUUGCCCCCUGAAAGUUUCCCCACUCUCUGAAAACUUCACCCACAAACAUCUUCCGAAGCUUGAU